AUGGACGAGGUCGAGGCGAUAUGCACGCGCGUCUGCGCGCUCGUGGACGGCGACGUCGCGGCGGUGGACACGCCGCGUCGCAUGAAAGCGCGGCACGGGCUGUCGUACCAUUUGCGGGUGACUCUCCGCGGCGGCGGCGGCGGCGACGACGCGGCGGCGGCGCCGUCCGACCAAUCCGAUACCGCCACGUCAGCGAGCCCCGACGACGUCGCCGCGUGCCACGCGGUCGUCCGCUCCGUCGCCCCGAGCGCGCUGACGUCGGAGACCGCGUCGUUCGACGGCGGCGUCGGAUGCGCGUACGAGCUCUCUCGGCUGUCGCUUCCCGGUCUCGCGCGCCUGUGCGCUAAGGCGCGUUCUGUACACUGGUCCCCAUACGAGCGCGUCGGCGUGGUGAACGCCGAUCCUUAA